AAGUCCCAACCACCUCAUUUUGACAUAUCUCUCAUUUUUAGUCAUUGAUAAACGUCAUUUGCAUUUGUGUAUUUUGGAAGCGAAACGAGAGAGUGAAAGAAAUACCUUAUCUCAAACAACUCUUAACAUAAUUUCAAUACUUUUUUUAACUGCAAACCAACAAAACACAGCAAAAUGCCUGCUGGAGGUGCAUUAUUCGGCAGUGCCGCUACAGGACCUGGCUCCACCGGCGGUAACAAACACUUGGUUGAAGUACGAGCGGGUAAAAUGAAUUUGAAAGGCCGCAUGGUAUACCCCGACAAACGCAAGGGGCUUCUCUAUGUGUACCAAAGCGAAGAUUCUUUAAUGCAUUUUUGUUGGCAAGACCGCACCAGCGGUAUUGUUGAAGACGACCUUAUAAUUUUCCCUGAUGAUUGCGAAUACAUCAAGGUACCCCAGUGCACCACUGGGAGAGUCUAUUUGUUGAAAUUCAAGUCGUCGAAUCGCAAAUUCUUCUUUUGGUUACAAGAGCCCCGAACUGAUAAGGACGAUGACAACUGCAAACGCAUUAACGAGUUAUUAAACAACCCUUCUAGCGCAGUCCAGUCGUCGCAAUCCCCAGAUCAGGAUUUGCAGUCCUUGUUUAAUAACAUGUCCCAAUCCCAACUCAUGCAAUUAUUUGGCAGUGGUGUAGGCCAGAUGGGGGGGCUGUCUAGUCUCUUGGGGACGAUCAGGGGCCCCAACAGCGGAAGUGCUCGCACUAACACUACUCCCGCUAUUACCCAUCGUACUACCGUGCCAAGCACUCCAACCACCAACACCACCACCACAACCGUGAGCCAAUCUCCGGCCACUCCGCAAACAACUACAGCCCCUUCGGUAGCUCCUGGAGCCCCCCGAGCGAACCGAUCAUCAGAUUCGUCAUGUGGGCAUAAAAUUCAAUUGUCGGACUUGCAGAAUUUUUUGCAAGGGAUUUCCCCAAUUCAAAGCUCAUCUCAACAGUCUGUUGAUUUAUCGACUGCCCUGACAGCUGAAGGAUUACCUGGGAUUUUAAAUAAUCCGGAUGCUAUUCAAGCCCUGCGAAAUCAUUUGCCAGCAGUUGAGGGUGACCCCCAGGAAGCCUUGCGAGCAACACUGAAUUCACCUCAAUUUCAACAAGCCGUCUCCCAGUUUUCUAGCGCUUUGGAGUCGGGUCAAUUGGGGCCGGUUGUGUCCCAACUAGCGGUAAACCCAGAGGCGGUCGCGGCGGCGGCACAAGGAAAUAUGCAAGACUUCAUGAAAGCCUUGGAAAAAAAUGAAGACAACUCGCCAAAAGAUGAGGAUAAGGAAAAGAAAAGCGAGAAAAAAGAGGAUAAAGAUGAUGAUCAAAUGCAAACUGAUUAAACUGUAUUGAAGUUUAUUGAAUAAAAUUUUAAAAUGUA